AUGAAACUUUCAAAAUAUGAUGGAAAUAUUCAUCCGGAUGAAUGGAUAAAUGAUAUUCAAAAAUAUCUUGCACUUAAGGAUUAUGAUGAUGAUUAUUUGAAUUUUGCUAUAUCAUUAGUAGAUUCCAGUAUUAUCUCACUUCCAACUAAAAUUAAUAGUUUUGAAGAACUUCGUAAUGCACUUAAAGAGGAUAUUUCUUUUACAGUAUUUAAAUGUACAAAUAAAAGGUUAUUAGAAUCAUUAAAAUAUAUUCCUGAAAAAGAAGAAAUUAUUGCAGAUGAAUUAAAUUUAAUUAGAAAUGAAUCUAUUAUAGCUUUAAAGCAUGUUGCUACAGGGAAAUAUUUAAGUUCAAUUGAAGAUUUGUGUUAUACAACUGGAAGCGGGCUUCAACUGGUUUUUGCAGGCAGUUCAGAGCCUGAUCUAAAUUCUUUAUGGAUAAUUAAAUUUAGAGGAGAAUCUGCUAUAUAUAAUGGAACUUUAAUAGAAUUGCAACAUAUUGAAUCCGGCCGUAAUCUUGGAUUAUGUUAUUUUGCCCCAAAAGUUCAUACUUAUUACAAAUCUCCGAUAACUGAACAUACAGAAGGAUAUUUAAAAUCAUAUGAUACUAUUAAUCUUGCCAUGAAGAAAACGUAUGAUAGUGAAGAGGUAUUUUUACGUAGCCAUGAUGUUCGAUUUACUAUUGGGAACGAUACUUUUCAAGAAGUUGUUUGUCAUAAUGAAAAUUUAGGAGGAAAUGAUGAAUGGCGCAUUGAACUUAUUUGUAAGAAUAAAUUAGGAUAUGAGUUGUAA